AUGCCCAAGCGUCGCGUCCAAGGAAGCGACCAGGAUGCGCUCCCUCCAGCCAAGCGCACGAGGAAUUUUGUCUCUGACAAGCUAUCACGCUUGAGCGAUGAGCUACUUUUGCGCAUCCUCUCAAACGUACCAGUCGCUACGUUGAAUAUAUGUCAGAGAGUGUCGAAACGAUUGCAUGCCGUUGCCAGCGAUCAUCAGCUCUGGAAAGCUGCCUAUUACAACCGUUUCGUCCGACCUCGCGCAUCAAGAUUACCCGGGCUCAAAGACGCAAACACACCCGACCACCUUCACUUCUCCUCGAAACUCUCGAAAUGGCUUGACGAAGCAAACUUGGUGAAGAAGGGCAAGGAGACCAACUGGAAGAGGCAAUACAAACUUCGCCACAACUGGUCGCGGGGAAGUUGUGAUGUGGAUGAGAUACCGUUGUCGGAUGCGCCACCCGUGCCACCGAUAUUGGUCCACCUGCACGACGGCACUAUUUACACUGCUGAUGCGAUUGCCGGAUUGCGUGCCUGGUCAGCCCAGAAGGACCGGAGCCUCCUUGCGAACAUUACUUUAGCGCAAGACAGCGACCGCGCACAUCCUGUGCCGACAUCCCUAACCGUUGAUACAGACCAACAAAGAAGUCCUUCUCGCCAGCGCGUUGCUGUGGGCUUUGAAGAUGGAAGCUUCUCAAUCUAUCAGCUGACUGAAAGUAGCACGAUCUUCACCCUUCUAUACAACCACCCUGCGUCGUCCAACGGCAUGCUCUCAGCUCUAGCAUUUGCUUUCCCUUACAUAUUGACUAUGACUGGCAUGCAGCUAUUGUCACUGUAUGCAUUUCCGAAGGAACCGCAAGAUGGACGGACGCAAGACAUCCUGGAUCCACCUCGGUUACUGUACUCGCUGAGAUCACACACUGUUUGGCCACCGUUAUCACUCUCUAUCCGACAUUCCGCGCAGAGUAUUGUGGCAUCUAUCGCAUAUGCUUUGCCCACGUAUUUUUCAGGGUGGACCGUUGGUAUCCAGGAGGUUCACAUUACUCCGGAAGGAAAGCUCGUGGAUUCACGGCUCGCGUCAGCCGACCAGCCGGGCUUCCAAUCGCUGUCUUCAAACUCGAGCCUGCCGUCUUCCCCCGGUGGACGUUCGGAUCCGGGCACACCGGUGACACCGGUUCCGAUAUGUUCCAAGCCGACAUCUCUUUCGUACUCGCAUCCUUAUCUCCUUAGUUCUCACCCAGAUAACACUCUUACGCUUUACAUGGUUACAUCGACAACGUCCUCGUUGAAUAUUGGGCCAGGAACAAGAUUAUGGGGCCACACGUCAUCAGUUUCGGGAGCGUACGUUGGAGGCAGGGGAAAGGCAGUGUCCGUCAGUUCACGCGGCGAUGAAUUGCGCGUCUGGGAGCUGGAAGGAGGCAUGAUCCCCUCUGUGACCAGAAGGCGCAAUCCUGCUGGAGAGCUGAGUAUCCGGAUCAGGCCCGAAAAAAGGACUCCCCUCCGCUCGGACUCGGACCAUCCUUCUGACGAUGACGCCCUCCACAACUCUAACGUGGGAUUCGUCUUGGAGAAACCCCUUGAUGAGACGACCGUCACAAAAGGUUGGAUUGGAUUCGACGAGGAGAAAGUGAUUGUGUUGCGAGAACGGAGCGAGGGAAGUCAGGCGUUAGUUGUGUAUGAUUUCACCUAG